AUGCCCCGGAGAAGGCGGCGAGCGACUUUCAGUCUCUGCCGGGCCUUCAGCAUGAGGCGGCUCAGUGCGAAAAGGCGAAAGCUCUGUCCAAAGUAUCACAUGGAAGUGAAAGCAGCGCUCACAGGGUACACGCUUGCCGUGGAGCAGUGUGCCAAUGCCCAGCUUGCGGCUCCUGCACACUUGCCUGAGAUCGACAAAUUCGUUGCUGUGCCUGAGCUCGACUUCAAUUCAUGGGAAUUCACGGGCGACAUUGCCCCUACCCCCCACCAGCCAGCGCCCUGGCAGGACAAGGCGAAGGGAGCCUAUACCCCAUAUUCUAAAAGCCUUCCGGCAAGCCAGGAACAGGAGGCAAAGAAAAGAAUCAAGAAGCAAGACCAGCGUGUCCUCUACCUCGAGCAGAAGGUGACAAUUAUUGAAGCAGCACACCGGAAGUACGUGGAGAAACUAAAGCCGCUCGCUGAAUCAAAAAGCGCCAUGCUGGAUCAGAAGCGGAAGGCGUGUGAAGCGCCCGACACGCCUACCAGUGGCAGCACUGAGAGUGGCGAGACCGGCGCCAGCCCUGAGAAGAAGGCAGCCAUCCAGGUCAUGGGCCUCUUGCCUGCGACCCACGGCUGUGCCGAUGCUUCCAAGACUCUUGGCGCCCUUGCGGCCCGGAGGGUAGGCGGUGUGCUGCUUAGGGGUCGCCUUGUCCUUGGGCUCCGCUUCGAGUACAAAGGCACGAUUCUGGGGUCGAACGAGGAGAUCCGGCGGAUUGGUCUCCCAGGGGAGGUGUUUCCCCCGCUACCUGAAGACGAUGCCGAUCUUGACGAAGGCAAAGGUGAAAGCCCCAACAAGCGCAGCAGGGCCAAUAAGCAACCCGACACUACGGUACAGGGAUUGACCAUGGAUGCCUUCCGACUGCUUCUCCAAGAACAAUCCCGAACCCUCUUGGUCGCCCAGAAGGAGCAGUUGGAUGCCUCGCUUGCCGAACUCGAACAAAAACAGGCUACCAAGAUGGAGGCCCUUGAGGAGAAAGUGGACCAGCAGCAAUCCCAGUACCAGGAUGUCUUGAAGCAACUCAGGGACAUGGGGGACAGGGUUCAGCAACUUGAGGGUAGGGAGGGUUCGCAGGGUCGGUCUCCAGAUCGUCGACACACGUUGAUCUUCGGUGGAUGGUGUGCUCAGUCUCGUAGGGCGAUUAUACUUGGCCAGCUGGGAGAAGCUUUGAAAGCACUUGCCUUGCAUGACAACCUUGAUCAGGCUCCCUUCACCACAGGACCUCGUCGGAGCAUCGCGAUGACAAACUUCCAGCAGCGACCAGGCGAAUCCGAAGGAGCUGUUCGGGAUCGAAUGAUGAAGGUGCUGCUCACCGUCAAUAAUGCCAGGGUCGAGCUCCAGGGUGGCAACCGGCCGAUGUGGUGCAGUUUUUCUCGCACCCCUGCGGAAAGGGGUAGAGCAGCAGUGGCGGCCUUGGUCAAGAAAGCGGUGAUGAAAUGGGCUCCGCACCGCGCCUCCGACCUUGACGUCGAGUACGGGGUGGGCUCUGCGUGGAUCCGCGAAGAUCAGGUCUCUGGGAUGGGACCGCCACCGGCAGAGGUGGCUCGUGCAAGGGUCCUGGACACCAAGGCAGGAGCAGGUUGGCUGGACGUUGGCACUCUGGCAAAAUGGGUUGAGGUGUCUAAGGACGAUGUGAAUCGGUUGGUGGACGACCAUCGAUUCUGA